UUUGGCACUUGUUGCUUGCUAACAAAUAAGUUUGCGUUCUUCUUUUCAAUUAAUUAAAUCAGAAUACCUGAAUUAACAAGUGCCGCCUGUCAAUUUACAGCUUGUCAUAAAAAUAAAAGCAACAGCAACAACAAAUAACUUGAUUUCAGGGCAAAAACUCGCAACACAGUUUAGUCACAAAAGCUUGACUCGACGUGUUUUUGAGUCAUUUUGCGCUCACUUAAAAAGUUGUUUCUUUUUUCAGUUGAGUUGAAACCGUCAAACUGGCAGCACGCAUCAUGUCCGCAGGUCGCGUAGUCAUCUAUGGAGGCAAGGGCGCACUGGGCUCCGCCUGCGUCGAUUAUUUCAAAGCCAAUAACUAUUGGGUUGGCAGCAUUGACCUGAGCGAAAACGAGAAAGCCGACGCCAGCGUUGUGGUGCCGCGCGAUGCCAGCUGGGAGGAUCAGGAGACGGCUGUCGUCUGCCAGGUGGGCGAAUCCCUGGCUGGCCAAAAGCUGGACGCCGUCAUCUGUGUGGCCGGCGGCUGGGCCGGCGGCAAUGCCAAGAAGGAUCUGGCCAAGAAUGCGGAUCUGAUGUGGCGCCAGAGCGUCUGGAGUUCGAGCAUCUCGGCCGCAUUGGCCGCACAGCAUCUCAAGGCCGGCGGCUUGUUGGCGCUGACUGGCGCCAAGCCUGCUUUGGAGGGCACACCGGGCAUGAUUGGCUACGGCAUGGCCAAGGCGGCUGUGCAUCAGCUGACACGUUCGCUGGCCGGCGAGAAUUCCGGUUUGCCCAGCGAUGCGCUCGUCGUAUCCAUAUUGCCCGUUACCCUGGACACGGCCAUGAAUCGCAAAUGGAUGCCAAAAUCCGAUUUCAGCAGCUGGACGCCUCUCACCGAAGUCGCUCAACUCUUUGGCAAAUGGACCCAGGACCAGGAACGCCCCAAAACAGGCUCGCUACUCCAGCUAAUAACAAAGAAUGGCAUUACGGAGCUGAUUGCGGUGGAAUAGACUUUGAUAUUGUUCAACAGCUUAAUAGAAAACUCAUAUAUACUAUAUAGAAUGCUUGUGCUUAAACAAUUAAUAAAUAGCAGAGAGAAGAGAGAGAGAAGUUAUAUACGGGUUGCCGAAGGUCAAAUGCCCUUGCAAAUGAUGCUCAGCAUCUGUUGUCAGACUCAGCUUAGCUUAUAUAGGAUAUACCUUGUGUGGAUAUUCAUUAUACAAAAGAUAUCUGAAUAAACAUGACUUUUCUUAUAAA